UCCUUGAACUUUCCUUCAAAAUAAAGCGCAUAGGCUUUUCUUCCUUCUCCGAUUUCUCUAUAUAUUCACUAUUUCUUGGGGAUUCAUUUUCUCUCAUUCACUUGACCAAGUUUCAGAAUUGAGACACAAACUAUGAGCUCUAAAAUAGCCUCUACAAUGGACUCAAGGUGCCCCGACACUUCUCUCGACCUCAACCUUGGUACUUUGGGGCACAUGAAGGAGGAAGAAACUCCGAGAGAGUAUUUAGGAGAUUUACCUCAUGUUGAUGGGAAAGCCUCGGUUAAAAAAGAGUAUGAAAAGGCUGGUCCUUUAUUCGAAGAAUUGCAACGGAUGAGCUCUGAGAACAAGAAGCUAACCGAGAUGCUAGUUCACAUGUGUGAGAAUUACAAUGCUUUGCAAAGCCAUCUGAUGGAUCUGAAAAGCAAACGCUCCGAACAAGAAUCCAUGAAUUCAAGGAAGAGAAAGGCUGAGAGAGACUAUUAUGGGAAUAUGAUAGGAAUUAAUGGAAAUAAUGAGUGCAGCUCUAGUGAUGAUCAUGAAGAGUCACGUAAAAGGCCAAAGGAAGAAACCAUCAAGACAAAGGUUAGAAGGUUUUGCGUACGGAGUAGUGAUACAUCCAAUAACAGCUUACCUGUGCAGGAUGGAUAUCAAUGGAGAAAAUACGGUCAAAAGGUCACUAGGGAUAACCCAUCUCCUAGAGCUUAUUUUAAGUGCUCCUUUGCUCCAAGCUGCCCAGUCAAGAAGAAGGUGCAAAGAAGUGCUGAAGAUCCAUCUUUCUUGGUUGUUACUUAUGAAGGAGAGCACAACCACCACAAGAACCAAUCUCAAGUUGAAGUAUCAUUAGGCUUGAGCCAAUGUGAAAACCUUGAGUCGCCUUCCAUUUCAGCAUCCAUGAGAUCUUCAGCUCCUUCAACCGUGACUCUCGAUUUGGUCCAUCCUGCAGGGCUUCAUGACAGUGCCAAAAAAUCCAAUCAAGAAGUUGAAUCACCGGCUUUCCAACAGUUUUUGGUCCAACAAAUGGCUUCUUCCUUAACAAAAGAUCCCAAUUUCACAACAGCGCUUGCCGCAGCCAUUUCAGGAAGAUUUUUGGACUAUACCAUGAAUUGAAAGUUGGUGAAAAGAGGACAUGCACUUGCAGAUAGUUAUGUUUUUUUCUUGCCUCUAUUACUGGGGAGAGUAGCUAGCUUGGGAUGUAUAUAGAAUUCGAAUGCGACUCUCUGUUGAUUAUAUUUUGUGGGAAUUGGCUAGUAUGUAGCAAUAUUAAAAUUAUGGUUAAACGAUUAAUUUCAUUAUA